CAGCGGCGGCGCGCACUGGCGUAGACACUCUCGGGCCAUGGUGGUGGUGGCACCCGUGCAGAGCCCGGCUGCCGGGGCCCCCAAAGUGCUGCUUCUGUCCGGCGAGCCCGCUGCCGCUGCCACCGCCACCGGAGCCCCAGCCGGACGGGCUCUGCCACUCAUGGUGUCGGGCCCGCGAGGGGCCAGCCCCGAGGCGGCAAGCAGGGGGCCGCCCCAGGCACGCAAGCGACAGCGCCUCACGCACCUGAGCCCCGAGGAGAAGGUGCUGCGGAGGAAACUGAAAAACAGAGUAGCAGCCCAGACUGCCAGAGACCGAAAGAAAGCUCGAAUGAGUGAGCUGGAACAGCAAGUGGUAGAUUUGGAGGAAGGGAACCAAAAACUUUUGCUAGAAAAUCAACUUUUGCGAGAGAAAACUCAUGGCCUUGUAGUUGAGAACCAGGAGUUAAGACAGCGCUUGGGGACGGAUGCCCUGGUUACUGAAGAGGAGGCGGAGACCCAGACCAAGGGGAAUGGAGCGAGGCCGGCGGCCGGGUCUGCUGAGUCCGCGCAGGUGCAGGCCCAGUUGUCACCCCUCCAGAACAUCUCCCCAUGGAUUCUGACAGCGUUGACUCUUCAGACUCAGAGUCUGAUAUCCUGUCGGGCAUUCUGUUCAACUUGGAUCCAGUCAUGUUCUUCAGGUGUCCUUCCCCAGAGUCUCCCAGCCUGGAGCAGCAUCCAGAAGCCCACCCAGAAGGACCCAGUUCCUUACCAGCCUCCCCUUCUCCCUCACUGGGGACGUCAUCAGCCAAGCUGGAAGCCAUUAAUGAACUGAUUCGUUUUGAUUAAGUAUACACCAAGCCCCUAGUCUUAGAGAUACCCUCUGAGACACAGAGCCAAGCUAAUGUGGUAGUGAAAAUUGAGGAAGCACCUUUCAGCCCCUCAGAGAAAGAUCACCCUGAAUCACUGUCUCAGUGAAGGAAGAACUUGGUAGAAGAUGACUUCACUCCAGAGCUGGGCACCUCAGAUCUACUUUCAUCCAGCCACUGCCUGAAGUCAUCUUCCUGUCUACUGGAUGCUUAUAGUGACUGUGGAUAUGAGGGCUCCCCUUCUCCCUUGAGCGACAUGUCCUCUCUGCUUGGUGUAGACCAUUCUUGGGAGGACACUUUUGCUAAUGAACUCUUUCCUCAGCUGAUUAGUGUCUAAGGAAUGAUCCAGUGCUGUUACCCUUUUCUUUUGACCAUUAUACUGCCUGGAAGAUAGCAAAGAAGCCUGUGCUUCAUUU